ACCAGCCUGGCCCUGGGCGAGGAGGUUCGGGCGGCCGCCCACCAGGGCUUCGACGCCCACCGGGCCGCCCAGGAGCUGCUGGCCACGUCCUUCCUCGCCCGCUGCAGCGUGGAGGGCAAGGCGGCCGCAGGUAUGAACAUCCCCCGGGAGCAGCAGCUGUACCAGGGCCUUGUGAGCCUGCAGGUGCCUGCAGAGGAAGUGCUGAGCUGCGCCCUGCAGGAGAAACUGUCACUUGUCCGAUCCCAGCCUGAACCCCGCAGGGAGCCUGCCCCCGAAGGCCCGGACCUGCUGAUGUUCUACGAGCCCCGGGAGCUGUUCGCGGAGACCCCGUACUUGGGCGUGGAGGGGCUGCCCCCCCUGCGGCUCCAGCCCCACGUCCGACCCCCAGCCUCCACCUUCCUCAUGUUCCGCAAGCUCCAGCAGUGGGAGGCCUAGCGGGGCUGGGACGCGGCGGCUGCCCCCCAAGAGACUGGUUCUGUGCGGGGCUUCUGGCCCCCCCAGCUUACCCGUGUGGUUCUCACCCUUUGUACCUGCCCCCAAUAAACCCCCCUCUGGGCUCA